UCUGGAGCCUGUACCGAUCUUCCGGUCACGUUGCACCGUGUUUACGGCGGUGGAUCAGCUGUGCGGGCGCUCCGUCCUUCACUCCCCAACUUGGGAUCGCGCAGUUCGGCCCUCGUCUGUCUGCUGUAGCCCAGCCCGGGCCGGCGAGGCUGGGGUAGGGCGCUGCGCCGUGAACACAUUACCGUGUGUCUUUGUUCUGACUGCGAGCCGUCUCUCUCUCUCUCUCACACACACUAGCGGACUGUUUACUCGGUGACCAUGGAGACCUCGUCUUUGGAGCGGCAGCUGCAGAGCGUCCAUCGGAACAUUGCCUUCUUAAAGGGAGAACACAUGGAUCUACUACAUGGCUUGCACAUGGAGAUCCUGCACCUACAGAAACGCUGCAGCGAGCUGACCUAUGAACUGACAUCAAGGUCGUCAAAAAAUGACCAGUCAGACGAGUGUGAGCCCCAGGAGGACUGCGCCCCCCUCGAGGCCCGGCUCAGGGAGAAGGAGCUGCAGAACGCAGUGCUGAGGAGGGAGCUCCGCCGCAAGGAGGCCCUGAUAUCAGCGCUGGAGGAGAGCAUGCGGAGGAGGGAGCGGCUGUUCCUGGAGGAGCUGAAGAGGCGGAGCCACAGGAUGGCCGUGCUGAACGUGGAGCUACAGAGGCAGUCGGAGGCGGCGGCCCAUCUCUCCCACCAGCUGUACAGCGUGAAGCAGAAGCUGAGCAACUCCAGGCAGGCGGAGAGAUCCUCAGACAAGCCGUCCGAGAAGGCCAUCCCUGCCUCUCCGGUUUACACCUCGGUGGCGCUGAGAAGGAGCCACAGGCCUCAUUGCAAAGCAACCAACGUCACCUGCGGCACCAAAGCAGCGGGCAGGGACUCGGCCCAACAGAGGCACCUCCCCGGAUGGGAUCCCAUGCCCGACCCGGCGCUCUUCCUUCAGGCCAGGCGGCAACACACCCAGCGACAGCCACCCGGCUCCCCAUCUCCGGCCGGCCAGCACUGCCGGCCGGGCAGCGGCAGCCCCGCGGCACAGCCCACCAGAACUGUGGCGCAGGUGGGCUCAAGGUGCUCGGACCUCCUGGGGCCGCCCGCCGAGACCGAGAUCCCGCUUACCGACGAGGAAAGCAACGGCGAAGACGUGCAGAAGUGACGGAGCACGGGGAGGCCACCCUCUACGGGGAGGGGGAGGGAAGGGGUUCACCCCCACCCCCACCCCCCCCCCCCCAAAGAUUGACGGCAUUGACACCGCACCUCGUUUCAGAGAUGCCACAUCCCGCACAAUGAAGCGUCAGGGUCCCUCGCUCUGUGGACUCCUUCAGCAGCACUCUUGCACAAAGCAAAGCUCCGCCAACGGCAGUGGAGCAAAUGGGCAUUCGUCAUCCACAGCCUUGUCUGUGUUAUGAGACACUCCAUUGAUCUCAGUCCAACCCCGGGUCAAAGAAAACCAGGGGAAAAACUGCCUCACGCGAGGCAAACAGAAACCCGACAGCUACUGCAGAGCCUCCUGUUAAAGAUCGGGAGCUGAAUCACCAACACAAUUUAUUAAAACAAAUCAGCGGGCGACUCUUUGUAAUAAAUCUUUGAAAAUACAAAUAUCAAACAGUUGAUUUAAAAAUCAGACACAGCAUUACAAAAGCUCUAAACACGCGCACACCUCUACAUCGUGCUGCAGAUAGAAUUCUAAUGAAAAUCACGGACACACUUGAAAAACUGCAAAGCAAUAAAAGCAAUCACGUGGAGCUUACAGAGACUCCAGCAACAGAAUGCACCAGAUGCACCAUCUCUUCACCAUUUAACUGAGCUGUGUAAGAACUCACUUGGUGUUUUACUUAACACCAGCUAGGCUUUGAAGCCGUAAAGGUGCACACAUGAACAGCUUUGCUGGAAGAACAAUGUUGGCAUCCUUACAGAGUAGUGCAACUGAUUUCCCACAAGUAGAGACAUGGGAGGUCCUUUAGUCUGAAACAGUAACUUUGGAUCCAGUGAACGAUCUCUGUAAUUCUCCACGUUAUCUAUCUGAUGUCAAACCUCGGACAUCACAGAUAGUUUCAUGUGCAAGACAAUCCUUAAAGUAGAUCCCCUCUGUGCUUCUGAUCUGGACUCUGCAAACAUUUUCCAGCCAAUAACAGAUUAAAAUCCAUUUACUGACCAAUCCGUAAACAUUAUGACCUUAGAGAGACACGGGUUAAUUCACAAUGCACAUUAUCAACCUGUCGUCAAAACACUUCCAACUUAUUGCCUCACGAGAUCCACGAGUUACAAUAUAAUCGAUUGACAUGUCGUCAAAACCAAACAGCUUCACUAUUGAAAAGCUAAUAAAGUUUAAACCAAUCAGAAACCACGUCACUGUUAACCAUUCAUCCCAAUUGGCUUAU